AUGCAUGCCAGAAACCCCCAUUCUCCUUUUCAAAGACAACAUAUGAUGGAUUGCGAUCUCUCAGCCCAGCAGAACACAGGGACCAUGCAAGCUGUAAUUGGUCAGGAUCCAAUGAUAGCUGGACAAGUCAGUAAGCCCUCGCUGUCAGUGCGGAGUGAAAUGAAUGCGGAGUUGAGAGGUGAGGACCAGGCUGCUACUUCAGACAGCGAGCUGAAUGAGCCUCUGCUUGCGCCUGUGGAAUCAAAUGACAGCGAGGACACUCCCAGCAAGCUCUUCGGGGCCAGAGGAAACCCAGCACUAUCAGACCCAGGCACUCCUGACCACCCCCAGGCCAGUCAGACCCACCCCCCAUUCCCGGUUGGGCCACAGCCACUUCUGACGGCACAGCAGUUAGCCUCAGCUGUCGCUGGUGUGAUGCCAGGGGGCACACCCGCCCUGAACCAGCCUAUCCUCAUCCCCUUCAACAUGGCCGGACAGCUAGGAGGGCAACAAGGACUCGUCCUCACACUGCCUACUGCGAAUCUCACCAACAUCCAAGGGCUGGUAGCAGCAGCUGCAGCUGGAGGCAUUAUGACCCUGCCAUUGCAAAAUCUACAAGCUACCUCAUCCCUGAACUCCCAACUCCAGCAGCUCCAGCAACUCCAGCAGCUCCAGCCGCCGCCGCCUCCGCCGCCCAGCAGCCACCCGCAGGCGCCCCCACCGUCCCAAGCGCCGCAGCCCCAGCCCCAGCCGGCCCCGCCCCAGCAGCCGCCACCCGCCUCCCAGCAGCUGCCAGCUCCGCCAUCGCAGCCCCCGCAGCCUCAGUCCCACCCUCACCCCCAGAACCAGAACCAGAACCAGAACCAACCGUCUCCAACUCAGCAGAACGCAAGCCCCCCUCAGAAACUCAGCCCAUCUCCAGGACAUGGCCUUCCGUCGCAGCUCACGCCACCCAGUCCUCUGCAGCUGGUUAAUAAUCCACUAGCAAGUCAGGCUGCAGCGGCUGCAGCAGCAGCAGCCAUGGGCUCCAUAGCCAGCUCACAGGCCUUUGGCAAUGCCCUCUCCAGUCUUCAGGGGGUCACAGGUCAACUAGUUACUAAUGCACAAGGACAGAUAAUUGGGACCAUUCCUCUGAUGCCAAAUCCGGGGCCAUCGAGCCAGGCAGCGAGUGGCACUCAGGGCCUCCAAGUGCAGUCGAUCACCCCCCAGCUCCUGACAAACGCCCAGGGCCAGAUCAUCGCCACGGUCAUCGGGAACCAGAUCCUGCCAGUGAUCAACACCCAGGGCAUCACACUCUCACCCAUCAAGCCCGGCCAGCAGCUCCACCAACCCUCCCAGACGUCAGUGGGUCAAGCAGCCUCCCAAGGCAAUCUUCUGCACCUGGCUCACAGCCAAGCAUCCAUGUCUCAAAGCCCUGUCCGGCAGGCUUCUUCUUCCUCCUCCUCGUCCUCCUCUUCUUCAGCUUUGAGCGUGGGCCAGUUAGUCAGCAAUCCCCAAACGGCAGCGGGUGAGGUGGAUGGGGUUAAUCUGGAGGAGAUCCGAGAAUUUGCCAAAGCUUUUAAAAUCCGGCGCCUGUCCCUGGGCCUGACCCAGACUCAGGUGGGACAGGCUCUCAGUGCCACAGAGGGCCCCGCGUACAGCCAGUCAGCCAUCUGCAGACACACCAUCCUGAGAAGCCACUUUUUCCUACCACAGGAAGCCCAAGAGAACACUAUAGCUAGCAGUCUGACAGCCAAACUGAACCCUGGCCUUUUGUAUCCUGCCAGGUUUGAAAAGCUGGACAUCACCCCUAAAAGUGCCCAGAAGAUCAAGCCGGUGCUUGAGCGGUGGAUGGCUGAGGCUGAGGCCCGCCAUCGAGCAGGUAUGCAGAACCUGACCGAGUUUAUUGGGAGUGAACCGUCCAAAAAGCGCAAGCGGCGCACCUCCUUCACACCCCAGGCCCUUGAGAUCCUCAAUGCCCACUUUGAGAAGAACACACACCCCUCCGGGCAGGAAAUGACCGAAAUUGCCGAAAAGCUGAACUAUGACCGGGAGGUAGUUAGAGUUUGGUUCUGCAAUAAGAGGCAAGCCCUGAAGAACACAAUUAAACGCUUAAAACAGCACGAGCCUGCCACGGCUGUCCCCCUGGAGCCCUUAACAGACUCUCUGGAAGAAAACUCCUAAAGGGACGCCCACCCAGAAUCAGAAGCAAACUCCACAGAAACUAAGCUCCAUCCUUGGGACUCCACCAACAGACAA